GAGUCGCUUACCGGCUGUCAUGCAUAUUUUGAAAGCUGGACCUGAACCAAUAAUUUACGCGGUAUCAGUUGGCCCAACCGCACUGCCGAGAAGUGACCGUCAACUCAAACCUCAUACUGCAACCUUCCUCUUUAAUACAAAAAGUACAAAAAACGAAGCAACCUUUCUCUCUACUUCCUCUUCAAAAACCAGAAAGUAAAAAUUUAAAGAAAAAAAAAAGAUAAAAUUCUCUCUUUUCGUCGAUCGCCAAUAGCAACUUAAAACUUUGUGGAUCGCAGGAGAGAGAACCGGGAGAUAUGGGGAAGAAAAGGAAGUCGAUAGCGACGAGCCUUGAUGAGGUGGAUCGGACUUUGUACGCCUCCUUUUGCAGCGCCGCUAACACCUUGUCUCAGCUUUAUACUCAGGCUAUGAAUCAGCAGAAACUCUCAUUCCAAGCUGGCAAACGCCAUAGCCUUGAAAAACUUUAUCAGUGGAUUUGGAGACAACAAGAGGGAGGAUCAAGAGUAACAACAAUGGAUAUCCUCAGUUACCUUCAGAAUGAACUAGACUACUGUGGUGAGGAGCCAUCAAUGUCACCUAGAACACCAAGCCAACAGCAGCAUUUCCAGCCUAUGAUGCAGUUCAUGAAUACCAGUUUCAUGGUCUCUUCAGGUUCAUCUGGCCAAACUGCUGGGCAGGGAACUCGCCCUGCCCAUUGUGAUCAGCAGUCCAAGAAUUUAGUUUUCUCAAAUGCUUUAUCAAGUCCUGUUCGUCAGAGUCUUCAGCAUUAUCACAUUGCUCAGGAAGGCUACUGUCCUAAUGGUGGUCUUCCUCCAGGAAAUGGAGCCAGGAAUAAUGAAACUAGCUUUCUCCAGCAUCAGACUGGGGAUUCUAAUCCUCUCGAAUCCAAUGAUUCCUCAAUGGACAUGCAUGCAGAUAGUCCAUCUCAUGAAUCUACUUACUGAGAAUGCAAAGGUAGCUCCCUUUUGAAUGCCCAACGAUUAAAAGAUCCAGAAGGGAUGUUGUGAUUGCAUCACCAUUUUAUUUGUGUCUUUACUGAAGUAAAGAAAGCACAACAUAAAGAUGGUUACUUAAUACAAAAAUAAACACAUGGCACAAGUGACUUGUUGAAGGCGUUUGAGGAAGAAUAGUCUAAGUGUGUUGUGUUUGCCUAGAGCAGAAUUGUAUGAAUUUAUCAGUUUGUGUUUUGGCUCUAUUUGCUUGGGGAUCUUAAAUUUCAUAUGUAAAGCAUUUUGUUCAA